CAACGCGGAACAUCGGGUCUGAAUGAGCAGAAAUUCACUUUUUAAAAAAACAAGUGAGAAGAAAUGUUUGCAGCGAUAAUCACAACCUUGACUCUGUCCAUCUGUGCAACGGGUGUAAAUGCAGGGACAGUCCUGAUCCAAUCACCAGGAGUUGUGAAGGUGCGUGAAGGUGGAACGGUGCUGAUACAGUGUGUCCUGGAGAGUGACAAUGUGGAAUACACUGUGGAUAAAUAUGAUGUACACUGGUACAACUCACACAAUAAACUGACAGCUGAAGGAUUAGUAUUAAGUCUUUACAGUUAUGGCCGAGUUUACAGGUCACAGGGCUUCUCCGAUCGAUUUCAGCUUUCCAGGAAUGUCACCACUAACAGCUACUCACUGACCAUCAGCAACGUGAAGCUCACCGACUCUAAACUUUACAUCUGUGGCAUUUGGGGGAAGGUCUUUGGAAAGGGAACCCAGCUGAAUGUGACCAGUGCAGACGUUCCUGUCCUUAUCCAGUCCCCGAGCGUACAGCGUGUCACUGAGGGUCACACGGCGUGGUUAUGGUGUACCAUGAGCAAAGCCAGGGUGGAAGACACCGACGUCCACUGGUAUCGGAAACUACCUGGGCAGGACAUGGAGUGGGUUUUAACACACAGGGCAGGAGGCAGAUCAGAGAGGGGACGGGGUUUCACUGAGAGGUUCCAGUCCUACAGAGACACGUCCAACAGCAGCUUCACCCUGACAGUCACAGACGUGGUGCACAGUGAUUCUGCUGUCUAUUACUGCAGAGUGUGGGAAAACAUCGAUGGGAAUGGCGCCCAGCUCAUCGUAACCAAUCCCGCGGAUGAUCCCGUCCUUGUGCAGGAUCCACCAAUCAGCAAGGUGCCGGAGGGUGUAACUGUCCAGCUCCACUGUGCCUUGUAUAAUGCCAGUGUGACUGUCACCGAUGUCCAGUGGUACCACCAGCGGCCGGGGAACAAGAGCGAGUGGGCGUUGAGUCACUUUGUGAAUGACUCUGUGAGCAGGUCUGGGUGUAUCUCUGACCGUUUUCAGUCUUACAGGAAUGUCGUGAGUAACAGUUACAUUCUGACCAUCAGUAACACAUCUAUUAGUGACACUGCAGUGUACAACUGCAGUGUGUGGAGUUACAUCUACGGAGGAGGAACACAGCUCAAUGUAACUGGUGCAGACGUUCCUGUCCUUAUCCAGUCCCCGAGCAUACAGCGUGUCACUGAGGGUCACACGGCGUGGUUAUGGUGUACCAUGAGAAACGCCAGGCUGGAAGACACCGACGUCCACUGGUAUCGGAAACUACCUGGGCAGGACAUGGAGUGGGUUUUAACACACAGGGCAGGAGGCAGAUCAGAGAGGGGACAGGGUUUCACUGAGAGGUUCCAGUCCUACAGAGACACGUCGAACAGCAGCUUCACCCUGACAGUCACAGACGUGGUGCACAGUGAUUCUGCCGUCUAUUACUGCAGAGUGUGGGGAGACAUCAACGGGAACGGCACCCAGCUCAUCGUAACCAAUCCCGCGGAUGAUCCCGUCCUUGUGCAGGAUCCACCAAUCAGCAAGGUGCCGGAGGGUGUAACUGUCCAGCUCCACUGUGCCUUGUAUAAUGCCAGUGUGACUGUCACCGAUGUCCAGUGGUACCACCAGCGGCCGGGGAACAAGAGCGAGUGGGCGUUGAGUCACUUUGUGAAUGACUCUGUGAGCAGGUCUGGGUGUAUCUCUGACCGUUUUCAGUCUUACAGGAAUGUCGUGAGUAACAGUUACAUUCUGACCAUCAGUAACACAUCUAUUAGUGACACUGCAGUGUACAACUGCAGUGUGUGGAGUUACAUCUACGGAGGAGGAACACAGCUCAAUGUAACUGAAGCAGAUUAUGGUUGGUCUUGGAAAGUCUUGGCCAGUAUUCUCGCCAGUAUCCUUGUACUCGUCCUCUUAUUCUGCAUCUUAGUAACAACAAUAUGCUAUGUGAAAAAAUGGGCAUGUUUUCAACAGAGAUUGAUGCCAGAAGGGUGCUCUACUGAAUAUCAGGAAACAUUGUAUGCCACAGUCACAGCUGAAACCGAGGUGAAUACACAGGCAGCCACAAAUGUUACUGCGUCAGAGGAAUCAGAGAUAUUUUACGCUGAUAUUCAGUUCUUCCAGCAGAAGACAGCUCCAAAAAUAAAAGUCACCGAGGAAACAACCGAAUAUGCCGUCAUCAAACGUGACUAGUGUCUAAAAGUAAUUGUUCUGCAGCCGCAGGUUAUUAAAUAUGUGUGUGCUUCUUGCUGGUAACUAUCAGCACACGGGACUCCAGAACGUCACACCUUCUCAACUUCCAUCAACUACAACAUGAUUGUUAGGGCAAUUAAUUUGCUGAGGAUUUUCAAUUAAAGUUGGUCACUAAUGAAUUGGACAUGGACUGUGAAGUGACUAGAGAAUAACUCAUUCAUGAAUCAAGGAAGAGUGACUCACUAACGGUGUGAUUGUCAAGUCUUCCAAAGAACAAUAGUCACAGCCUUUUUUAUAUCUGCGCACAGAAAGUCAAUUACAUCAAUCAAAGUUCAAAAAGUCAUUCCUGUGCGUUGUAUCCAUUCCCACGAAAAUGCCAAAGACGGUCUCUUGUCUGCCCACAACACAUAGAGAUGGGUUGUCAGAACAUACUUCAAACUAAGAUAGACUAUUGUAAGCAUGCUGAGAACCCUGGCCAAAUGAUGAGUCUUUAUUAGAACACUCAGUCCUCUUUUAUUGUCAUUUAGAAAUGCAUACAUGCAUAAAGAAAUGAUACAAUGUUCCUCUGGAGAGAUAUCACAGAAAACAGGACAAAGCAAAGACUAACACUGACAGAACCACAUAAUUAUGACAUACAGUUACAGCAAUGCAAAACAAUACCAUAAUUUGAUAAAGAACAGACCAUGGGCACGGUAAAAAAGAAAUCUCAAGUCCCAAUCGACUCCCGAGUCCACGAUAGCAGGCGACAAAAUGGAGAAACUCCCUGCCAUAAACCUCUUUAAAGCACACGGUAUUCGGGGUAAGGUAUUGAUGUGGAUAGGGAAUUGGUUAGCAGACAGGAAGCAAAGAGUGGGAAUAAACGGGACCUUUUCAGAAUGGCAGGCAGUGACAACUGGGGUACCGCAAGGCUCAGUACUGGGACCCCAGUUGUUUACAAUGUAUAUUAAUGACUUGGAUGAGGGAAUUAAAUGCAGCAUCUCCAAGUUUGCGGAUGACACGAAGCUGUCAUCCUCCGUCUCCGCCGCAUCUGCUCUCAGGAUGAGGCUUUUCAUUCUAGGACGAGGGAGAUGUCUUCAUUUUUUAAAGAAAGGGGCUUCCCUUCCUCCACUAUCAACUCUGCUCUUAAACGCAUCUCCCCCAUUUCACGUACAUCUGCUCUCACUCCAUCCUCCCACCACCCCACUAGG